AUCGGAAGUUCUGGACUGCAGUUGAGUGGAAAUGGGCAACGGCGGGCGGAGCGGGCUGCAGCAGGGGAAGGGGAACGUGGAUGAGGUGGCAGCGACUCCUACUGCUGCCUCGGCCUCCUGCCAGUACAGGUGCAUCGAAUGCAACCAGGAGGCUAAAGAGUUGUACCGAGACUAUAACCACGGUGUGCUGAAGAUAACCAUCUGUAAAUCCUGCCAGAAACCUGUAGACAAAUAUAUCGAGUAUGAUCCUGUUAUCAUCUUGAUUAAUGCUAUAUUGUGUAAAGCUCAGGCCUACAGACAUAUUCUUUUCAAUACUCAAAUAAAUAUCCAUGGAAAACUCUGCAUAUUUUGUUUGCUUUGUGAAGCAUACCUGAGGUGGUGGCAGCUUCAAGAUUCCAACCAGAAUACUGCCCCUGACGACUUGAUCAGAUAUGCUAAGGAAUGGGAUUUCUAUAGAAUGUUUGCGAUUGCUGCUUUAGAACAAACUGCCUAUUUUAUUGGCAUUUUUACCUUCCUGUGGGUAGAACGGCCCAUGACGGCGAAAAAAAAGCCCAACUUCAUUUUGCUGCUGAAAGCAUUAUUAUUAUCUAGCUACGGAAAACUCUUGCUGAUUCCAGCUGUCAUUUGGGAACAUGACUACACACCUCUGUGCCUCAAACUCAUUAAAGUAUUUGUUCUUACAUCAAAUUUUCAGGCAAUUAGAGUGACCCUAAACAUCAACCGUAAGCUCUCCUUCUUGGCCGUGUUGAGUGGCUUACUGCUGGAAAGCAUCAUGGUCUACUUCUUCCAGAGUAUGGAAUGGGAUGUUGGAAGUGAUUGUGCCAUCUAUAAAUCUCAGGACUUCUGAAGAGGUCCUGCAGGGCCCUUGUCUCCACCUAACCAGAUACGGUCAGCUUUGCCUCUCCAUGGAAUAAGUGAAGACUUUCCAAAAACUCCAGUUUGCAGUGCUUAAUUUUUCCGUUGACCUCCUAGUGCUCAGCUUAACACCUACAGCAGUCACGUGCCCAAGAACUUCUGACAUUGCCCCAGGGUCAGAUCUUUUAUUUCUACUUUUCAUAAGUGCAUCUUCUUGUCUGACAGUCAAUUAUAAUUUAUGGUUAGGAAAAUAAGGUCACAUAUCUUGAAUCACUUGAAAGCCAUUACCCUGUUUUUUAUUAUCUCAUGUUUUAUACUUAUCUAUGUCUGCCUGAUAUUAAAAUUUCAUGUGUUUAUGCCUCACUCUCCCAGCCUGUUCAGAAGUCUGGUGCUGGGAGAGGCAUGCCUUAGGUUCCUUUGUAUUCACCUUAACUCAGGGCCUGCCCUAGUAAGUGUCUGUCAGUUUGAUUUUCAGCAGAAUGUGUCAUUCUAAAUACAUCCUUUAUUUUUCACAGUUUUAUUCUUCUUUACUAUCUGUGGCAUGACCAGCUGUAUCUGAAAGAGAAAAGAUGAAAUAUAAACCAAACUCCUCAUUUCUGUUGAGUAAAAUGAAGCAAAGAUUGGAAACACUUUCUGAAAAAGAAAGCAAUGAUAAUAGCAGUAGAUACCCACCCCCACAAAUGCACCCAAGAGACAAGCCAUUUACAUACAGAUAUUCACAGUCACACAUAGAAACACCCAGUGGACACAAGGAAUGUUGCUGCAGAGACUGAAUGACAUGCAACAGGUGAAGGUUUAUACGUUAUACACAAGCCCAGCUAAGCGCUCAUAAUUCACACAUAAUAAAACAUCUAGGUUUCAUUCCUUUGACAUGUUUAUAUCUUUUUAAUUUAAAUGUUGUUACUGGCUUAAAAUAUUUUGUGUUCUUAUAAUAGAAACGCUUUUAAUAAAGUCUUUCAGAAUAAACCAA